GCUCGCGCUGAGGGAGUCCCGCGCGCCUCCCGGCGGAGGGGGCGCUGUGCGCGGAGCUGUGCGGGGCGGCCAUGGCGCCGCCCGCGCUGUCGGGCUCGGCCGUGCGGUUUCGGCGGGUGCUGUCGCAGUUCCCGCAGGAGCUCAGCCUGGCCUUCGCCUACGGCUCCGCCGUAUUCCCGCAGGCGGGAGCCGCGGCCGCGCACCCCGAGGACAAUAUGCUGGACUUCGUGUUUGCUGUUGAUGAUGCUGUGACCUGGCAUAUGAUGAACUUGUUGAAGAACAGGAGUCAUUAUUCCUUCCUAAAAGUUUUUGGGCCAAAACAGAUAAGUACUGUACAGAGCUACGGAGCAGGGAUUUACUACAAUACUUUAGUGCCAUGCAAUGGUAGGAUAAUAAAAUAUGGUGUAAUUAGCACUGAUACCCUGAUUGAUGAUUUACUUCACUGGAAAACCUUGUAUGUCGCUGGACGCCUACAAAAACCGGUGAAAAUACUGACACAGAAUGAGAAUAGCAAGCUGCAAGCUGCUCUCGUUAGCAAUCUGAAGAGCGCAGUCACAGCAGCCUUCCUCAUGUUACCAGAAAGUUUCUCCGAAGAAGACCUGUAUAUGCAGAUUGCAGGACUCUCCUAUUCUGGUGAUUUCAGAAUGGUGAUAGGAGAAGACAGAUCGAAAGUGCAGAACAUUGUGAAACCGAAUGUUACUCACUUUCAGAAGCUGUACAGUAACAUACUACAGGACUGCCCUCAAGUGGUAUAUAAGCACCAUCUGGGGAGGCUAGAGAUUGAUAAAAGUCCAGAAGGUCAAUUUACACAACUAAUGGCUUUGCCAAGGACUCUGCAACAAAAGAUAACUUCUCUGGUAGACCCUCCUGGAAAAAACAGAGAUGUGGAGGAAAUUCUAAUGCAGGUUGCCCACGACCCUGACUGCGGAUUUGUGGUGCAUCAAGGCAUUUCAGGAAUUGUGAGAUCUUCCAGUAUAGUGCAGAGCGCUAAAACCAUACUGACAGCUGGAGCAAAGAAAUCUAUAAGAUACAGUAUGAAGAAAUUGUAUAAAAUGACAAAAGGAUGGUUGAGGAAGACAUCUUGAAUCAUGACAUACUAUGCAUGGGUGUGCUCGGUGGAGAAUUCUUAAGAGCAGAGAAUGCUGAUCCCGGUGGUAGAAACAGACCCUGAGAGACAUAAAACUUUUGGACAUAUCAACAGCACAGGAAAAGAUUCAGGAUGGAGUCAUGACCUUCUGAAUGAAAUAGUUACCAGGUAAGAAGUGCAGUGCUAGCAGAACUGCCUGGUUCAGCCAUCUAACAAGGUAACAGCUUGCAUUUUCAUCCUAAAUGAAGUACACCAUAGGAGAAACUGCAUUUGGGCAGAAGCAAGGACAAAGGACUGGUGUUUAUACCAGCUGCUUGGUGUUAGCAAAUCUUUAGUUGGGUCCAUUUAGGGGAGGGGGGAAUCCUCAUCUUAGAAUAUGAAAAACAUGUGGAAACUGAACUUCAUGGAUCAACUCGUGUAGGGGCCAGGACAGCUUCAACAAUAACCCUCUGUAUGAACAGUUACCAGAAUGUUUUGUUUGUUUGUUUGUUUUUAAUGUAACUGAAUUUUAUACAUCCUGGGCUCUCUUUAGGAGUUGUGUUUAUUUGCUUUUAAGGCUGGUGGGAAAGGGUCCAGGUGAGCCACGUCUCCCUCUGAAGGAGAGGAUGCUCACACUGGGGAGGAUUUGUACUCCACACAUUCAGUGAGAUCACUCUUAGAGACACUCUAUUUUCCUCUGUGUGUGAGAAUUCUGUUCCUGUAGUCAACUUUUGGAAAAUGAUUACUGUAAGCAGAAAAAUGCAGUUGGUUUUGUUUUUAGAAAAUGCUAGUUGCUGCACACUGGAUUGUUAAAAAUCUGUUCCACGUACUGAAUACAUUACCAGAUAAUUAAGGCUAGCAACAAAAAUGUUAUUUCAAAUUUUGCCUCAUUUGUCUCUUCUUUAUGUCUGUAAAUGAGAUGUAGCCAUUGCAUUUUUGUAAAUCCCAUAAUUCCCUCAAGGAUGCAGGCUUUCCGAGGUGCUGUAUGGAAAUGUACAAGCUGAAAGGGGGGAAAAAAGAUAUCUGCAGUGCACAGAUGGAGCAAAAACUUAGAAUAAUCAAUAUGACCAAAAUAAAGUCAAAAAGUAGGCAGUGGCAAAACUACACACUCAACUUUUAAGGAGCUCAUUCCUUCCUCCAGUAAAUAAUGCCAUUAAGUGAAUUUUUAUAUCACAGGCCAUACUGGGAAGAAGGAGCAUCCAACAAACCCAUUAUAAUCCACCUGUUGUGUUGUUUUGUUGUUUUUUUUAAAAAAAAACAACAACAAAAAGUUGAGGAUGGGGCUUUUUAAACCUGGUUAAAAACCAGCACCACAGGGUGUGAAACUACUGGCUCAUAAAUUAUAACUGCUUCAGUUACUGGUUGAGAGAGAUCAUGUGUCAAGAUUGCCCAACAUCUGGUUGAGAAUUCUUACUACAAGAGUAUUUAAUUACUUACCAUACAUACAUCACUCUCAUUGAACAAGUAUGUAAUUCCUUUCUGAGGUGAAUGCCAACAUACAGCUUGGGCUUGAAUCUGCACAAAUAAAAACACUUCAGAAGUGUCUGUGAUGCCUCAGUAUGGUUGGACACUGCUGGACUCCUCCUGGGCUGCACCGUAAGGGAAGGCUGAGUUCCAACAGCUCAUUCCCUUUUGUCAUUUUUAUUUGUCUCCUUGAAGUUGUGGCUGUUUCCCCUUUUACUGAGAAAGAGUGGCUAUGGAGGUGUGUGUGUGUACAUGGGCUUUAAACAGAUUAUCCUAUGAGGAUAUCUUGCAUCCUGGGAAGCUGUGUUUGUUCUUCUCUGCAGUUCCUCAUUACUCCACUGUUUGGGAGUGAGCAGGAGUGAAUCUGGAAUUUGUCAAAUUAUGAAAGGCAGUUGUAACUCUAGGGAAGCUUUUAAAAGAGCAGCUUUCCUUGAAGAGCUACUAGCAAUACAGUUAAUGUUCUGACUAUUAAAGUAACACACAUUUAAAAGCGGUUGUGAUAUUUCAGAAGGUGCUCACUAUUGAAAUUCAACUCAGUGUUCAAAACAUUGGAAGUCAAUUAUAUGUCAGUCGGAUGUGUGAGAAGGAGUUGGCCUUGGUUCCUGUAGUGAAAUAACCCUCUUCGUUCUGGACCUUGCUGGUUAAAUAAGGGCAUUUAUUUAAGAAGUAAUGUUCUUGUAGAAAAAACAGGACUGUACUGCUUGCUGUUUAGCAGCUAAUUAAACAUCUUUAUGUGCAGCAGAUGCUGUCUGGCGUCCAACCCUCCCAAUCUUUACAUGGCCUAUUGCACUGCCAGUGGAGCGGUCCUGCCCCUCACAGGUGUCACCUCACUGCAGCUUGCCUGUAAUCCGAACUGGCCCUGUGUGUCCGGCCUCACUGAAAUACCCAUUGCAUAUCUCGAUUUGGCUUUAUCAACUUUCUUUGUGUGUAGUAGUAAAAUGAGUCAUGUUUUGCUCUUUGGAGAGACUUUUGCAAAUCCCAGUUUAAUAGUACCUAGCUUGCUCUAUUUGUUGAUACAUUGCCAGCAUUGUGUGUGCUGUAAAUCUUAGUGAGACAUAAGAAGGUCCUUCCUCAUUGUCCAUCCAGGCUGAAAUGUUAAACUGUAUUCUGUACUGUAAAUCGUUCAUCUCUGCGCUUUUUAAAAAGUGGCCUACCUUUCCCCUUGAGGCUGUUGGUCUUGAAUGUAUUUAUUUUUCUGGCAGAGCGCCAUGAAUGAAUCAUAGCCUCGAGUGGAUCACAGUCUGAGCUCCUCACUAUUGUUAAUAUAAAAUAUUCUCUGCAGUUGUUACAACGUUUUGCUAUGUAAAACUAUUAAGAGAAGAGAGAUUGAUUUCAGACCUGUUAGUUGCAUUUGAAGUUCCUCAACAGUCUGUGGAAAUGAUUUCUUGCGGUCUCGCAGCUGUAAUCCACUAAAAUACCUGCUUAUUUUUGAAGGGGAAGUCAUUACAUAGGAAUAUGGUAUUAACUCUUUGUUGUAAGGAGAGUGUUUUUUCUUUCACAAAAAAUAGUCACGUUAGCUUUUCAUUCCAUUUGUAAUUUUCCUGUUUAUACCUUCGUGCUUCAUUUCCAUACUGCUUUACUGUUUCAUUGUUUCUCUUCUUGACUUAAGGGUUAAGUCUUUCAUUCUGUUCUUCAGACAUCCCUGUGUUUGGGUUUGGCCAUUGCACCAUGGAUAUUGUUUCAUGCUCCAUCCCCUUAUUCCCGUGUAACAGUGCUUUCACGCAAGGCAGCCAGGCAGAUUAUUUAUUUCUUGACAUCUUAAAAGGUUUUGUAAGGAAGAGCCUGAACCCAAUCAAACUACUGAGGAUUUCUGUAGGUGAGUCAGCAGCACGGGCCUAACUGGCUCCAAGAACAACAGUACCAGUAACUCUAUCUCGUGCCUCACAGGGAGUAAACUGUAUGACACAGGAUGGAUGGGAAAUCAGAAUUUGACUGGAUACAUAACCAUAGACUCUGGUCCCUACUCCUCUGUACAGCCUUUAAUCUCACCGUUGUGUCCCUUUACUAACUUGCCUGCCAUUGUGAGCGACCCAUUUGGCUUGUGGCUGCUCGUAAACUUCAGAUUUGGGCAGUGCAUAAAACCACGCUACACCAGAUCUUGACUUCCUCCACCAACAUGUGUAAGAUAUGAUCUUUAUUGCUUGCUUGUUUCCCCUUUUUCCAAGUGUUUGAGCAGCGCAUUCCUCCCCGUGGCUGGCAGUGUGACCCUUCCCAUACUGACCGCACCUGACUUUGUUUCAGCUGCAGAGAUGUGUUUCUCACCUGCGCUUCAGUGAGGCUUCUCUUUAGCUUUGGUUGACCCUCCGUGUCAGUGAAUUUGAGGAACAGAUAGGAAGUGGCAGCUGCAGCCCCAUCACAGACAAGGUGCCUCUUGGAAGCGUACGGCUGAACAAGUGGGAUUCUUUUCUAUUGCAGGGCGGGACUUUACAGUAUCCCACAGUGUCCUGAUGUUUGCAGCGAACAUCCUUACCAAAUUGGGGAGGGAAAGGUGGGUAGAGAGGCCAGUAGUCCUUGAUGGCUUAAGGAACUGAACUGUGAAGUCCACGUUCUUUAAAUUGAUUGAGGAGGUAAUAGUAGAGCUUGUUCCGACUUGGGAAGCUGUAGGAUAAACAUAGCAUUUGGUGAGUGUCCAGUAGAGGGGGAUCCAAGCAGGGCUGUGACUCAUGCCUUUUCCCAGCAAUUAAUUUAAAAAUAGAAUUGAAAUUGAAAUAUGCUUGGAAGGUCAGAACGUCAGGUCAGUAUGUGUCUGGUUGUUUUUCAUGGGUAAGAUGUUCACAGGACAAACCUUCAUUAUGGAAUUCUCUUCUCCUGGCCAUAUAUCCCGAAUGUAUAGAAAAGGAAUUUUCUUUGUGUUACCUGCUGCAGGAAGAGGAGACAUUACCUUUGUGUAGCUAUUUUCUGGUAUAUUUUUUGUAUAUUUUUUGUAUAUUUUUUGUUUGAGUGAACAGCUGCUCUGUCAUGUUUCAUGCUGUGGUUUCAUAAAAUUUUGUAGAGACCUUAUUUACCUCUUUUUCUAGAUAAAAAUCUAUAGCACAGUUGUUAACUGAUCCUGAACUUAAUGACUGCUUUAGGAAGAGGCUGUAAUCUUUUUACUCUUGCAUGUUUUAACCUCUUACUCAGACUUGUUAAAUCAGAAAUGUUUCAAAUGGAUUAAGUUUUAGUGCAUGAACAGACUGUACAUUCUGAAAUUAUUCAUAAGAUCUCCAAAUAUUUGAGUUUCAACUUUCGUCUAAGAACGUGCACGUCAUUUUUGCCUCCAGAAUACAGGAUAACCUUUUCAUUAAUGGUAGAUAGCUAUUUUGACACUUGCGCACAUUUUUUUUUCUGAGAAAAUGAAGAUCCUGCCAAGACCAAUAUUCUGAUCCAACUGAAGCUUCACAGAAGUGUAAUUGGCUAUAGAGGCUUCUUUCUGCCUUUAAAUUUGAAUAGAAGUCAAUUCUUAGGAGUUUGCAGCCAUAAGGGACACUCUUUAAAAUAAAUAAACAAAUGGUCGUAAAACUCUUAUCUUUUUGUUCCUUCGCUUGCCUUUGUUGUACCGUGAGACCUUCUUUGGAAGACUUAAGCCUGAUGUUUAAGGUCCUGCUUUAUUAAACAAGCUUAGUAAAGAGUUUAGUUCAAUAAGGCUGAAAUGAGAUAUUUAAUUAAUUUGUAUUACUUCAAUUGCACAGAGUCUAACUUGCUCUCUGGUAUACUUGGUAAAUUUAAAAGUUGUGUUCCCACACAGUGGAUUAUUUUUUUAAUCUCUGCCUCCUGCCAAAGUUUCUCCAAACCUCCUAUUUUAAAAUUAGUAGCAAAGUACGAGAAGGGGCAUUCAGUGGUUUUUUGUUUGUGGGUUUGGUUUUUUCUUUUCGAGUUGGA